AAAAAAAAUUAACAACCACUGACCCUCCCGAGAAAAUCGAGUCUACGAGUUACCCGGUAUGUUGUUGUUCUAAGUUGUCUUGUCUCCGGGCGGCGAGAUUCGAUCUUCAUCCUUAAAAUAAUCUCUGCGAAGACGUAAGCUUAUUUCAUUUGUUGGGUAGAGAAGGAUGGAUAGGGCAAUAAAAGCAGCAAUUUUGAACCAACAAAGCAACUAUCUUUUCCUAAGGGCUGCCUUCUUCCACUCCACUCCUGUCCUUGAACACAAAAGACGCACUUAUUGGCAAUUUGGUAAGAGGCCUAGAAGGCUGCGUGGAAAACAAGAAUUAUUGCGAAAUGUUAGUGCUUAUGCAGACUUCUUAUUUGAGAGCUGGAAAGAUGAGUUUGGUGAAGAGGAUCCAUCAUCUAGCAGAGGUCCGUCGUGGUUUAAAAAGCAGUACAGUAAGGGAUCAAGAAAAGAUUGGCCUGGCAAUAGGGGAUUUCAGUACAGGGGUAGAAGACCUUUUGAUUUUUGUGAAGACGACGAUGAUGACAUUGAGACUAUAUUUAGGUCUGCAUUUGGUGGAAAUCGGUUCUUUUACUGGUCCUUCAUUAAUGAGGAGCAUCAUCAAUGGAGAAGCUCAUCCAGAUAUUCAAAUAACUAUGAGAAAUCUUGGAACUGGAGAUAUCGAUUUAAUGAGGACUCUGACUCCUCAACAGAAUCUGGUAGUUCUGAGAGUUCAGACCAAGAUACAGCUGCAGAUAGGCGGGCCCUUGGCCUAAGUGCAUCUGGUCCUCUAACACUUGAAGACGUUAAAAAUGCAUAUCGAAUCAGUGCACUAAAAUGGCAUCCAGAUCGUCAUCAUGGCUCUUCCAAGGCUGUUGCAGAGGAGAAAUUCAAGCUUUGCAACUCAGCAUAUCAGUCUUUAUGUGAUAAGUUGGCUAUGAACUGAGGAUUCUCCAAUGCAUGUGCUCUGAGAUUUCUUCAAGCCACUGCAUUUCUUUGGAAAUCAGGAAAUCUGACAUGUUUAUGACAGUCAGAUCAACUUUUGUAGUUUAGAUUCAUUGACAAAAUGGUGCUGUUGCUCGGGCUAUGUGAAUAUAGUUCCGUUCCUCCCAUUUGUACUGUGGCAUAACCAACAGCUAUGGUGGUUUUGUGAUUUAACAUUUAAAUGCAUAAUAAUUUAUAUCAUUAUGAAGGAUGACUAGAAUGAGCCUAUUUGUUUCUCA